GCUCCGUCAACCGGCUCGGUUCCUUCAGACUCACUUUUGUCACAUGGCCCUUCCAUCCCGAAGACGGUCUUCUCUCGCUCCUCAGACCGGACGACUGUUUUGGAGAGUGUAGAUUUCCGCUGUUGCCUCAAGGCCAGUUUUUACAUAGACAUCUUCAUCUUGGAUGCUAUCCAUGGCCGCAUACCAGGUUACACAACGGGGAACUCGGAUGGCGACGACCCUUCCACUUCGCCUUUACUUGUCCCCACGUGGGAGAAACGUGGAUAUCACGAUGUCACAUUCGAGAAGCCCUUUCUUUCCGAGUCUGGUGCAAUGGCGACGCAUAAGCUCCUCUGUGCCUUUCGUUCGUGUUACCCCGCAGUCCUCGAACCUCCCGGAAUACAAGAAGCCAGCCAGGCCUUGGACCAACUAGCAAUUUCCGAACGACUCAUUACCAUCCGACGGGUCUUCUUCAGAGAUCUCUUCAACGCUCUUUUGGGCCAAGAAUCACAACGUUUCCAGUGGGAUCCGGAUCCCGUGGCUUCCUUCUUUUGGCAGCAGCAGAAGACGGCCAAUCUCGAUUCGCUGGCUUUCGACAUCUCCAUUGGUUGCCUACGCUCUUGCCUGUCAUCACAUCUUAUUGCAGCAACUGCCUAUCGUCGUUUAGACGAUCUCGUUCGGCGGAAUAUGUCGCCAGCGCCGUCAUUAGGCUACGUGCAUACGGCCCUUAUGUAUGCUCUCUCGCAGUGGUUACGUGCCUACGCCGUUGCCAUAGAAAUUAUGCGCGGAGUAUUAUCGUCGUCCACGAUUGCUGACUUGCACUCGCUGAGUCAACGCCUCAGUCCCUUAGUCAGCAGCCUCUUGUGA